AUGCCAACAAAUGAGAAGUUGACUACACUGAUUGAAUUGAUAGCACAUCUGUCAGUGUCACAUAACAACAUUCUCAUUUCAGGUGCUGCAAUUGAUCUGUCGUCCCUGAUUGUUGUUGAGGGCAAGGUCUGCUGGGAUCUGUACAUUGAUAGGCUUGUGGUCAGUUUAGAUGGUAAUUUGCUAGAUGCGCUAGCUGCUUCAAUAAAGGUUGCUUUGAGUGAUACAGGCAUACCAAAAGUUAAUGUUUCUGUUAUUAAUGCUGCAACUGACGAGGAGCAUGAAGUUGAUGUAAGCGAUGAGGAAUUUCUGCAGUUCGACACCUCCAGUGUGCCUGUUAUUAUUACAUUAACCAAGAUGGGUCAGCACUACAUCAUUGACGCCACCUCAGAGGAAGAAUCCCAGAUGAGUUCUGCAGUGUUGGUAUCAGUCAACAGGCAUGAUCAGAUAUGCGGGCUUACCAAGAGGGGAGGUGCAGGGCUGGACCCAAGCAUCAUCUUCGAUAUGCUAUCUGUUGCCAAGCAUGUCAGCCAGCAGCUCAUCUCUCACUUGGAUUCAGAGAUUGCUGCUGCCGAAGCUGAAGAGGCUGAGUGAUGAAAGGAAAAGGACCGGGGAAGAGGCUCUGGUUGCGCAAAUGCUCGUGUGUUCUAACUUCAACCUCGGGAGCUGCUUAGAAGAGAAGACGAAUUGCUGUAGAAAUGUUCAGAAAUUUGGUUCGAUUUUUAUACUAUUAGUAAACACUGAAGAUUUGGAUCCUGGAAAAUAGCUUCACGAACAGUAUCGUGUUGCUUCUGUUGGGCUCAGUGGAAUAUGCACAAGGCUGGAUCUUGGGUCUGAUGAUCUAAGUCUAAUGAUGAAUUUGGCGCCUCUCACCGUACCAAAUACUACGGAUUCAAACAAUUUCACACGCAAUUUUUGAAUCGGAUUUCGACAUACUAUUGCAUUGUGUGUGGCAUGAAUAAAGUGGAUAGCAAUAAUCUUCCA